AUGUUCGCGGACGAUACAAUGUUCUUCACGAAAGCCAACACUAGAAGCUGCGCCACCCUGAAGAGGAUUCUUGAGGAAUAUGGAAACGCUUCGGGUCAACAGAUCAACAGCCUUAAAUCCUCCAUCACCUUCUCAGCUAGAACACCACAAGAAACCCGCGACCGGAUUAAACAAUCUCUUGGUAUAGCGACAGAAGGAGGCGUGGGAAAGUAUCUUGGUCUCCCCGAGCUGUUUACCCGCAAGAAGAGAGACCUCUUCACCUCUAUCGUUGAUAGGAUAAAGCUAAAAGCCACCUCAUGGUCCACACGGCGCUUAUCGCCAGCCGGGAAAUUGACUAUGCUCAAAGCAGUCUUGGCAGCUAUCCCAACCUACUCCAUGUCAUGUUUCCUCUUACCCUUGGACCUUUGUGACUGUAUACAGGCAGCACUCACCAUGUUUUGGUGGGACUCAGAUGCUACAACAAGGAAGAUUUGUUGGAUUGAUUGGGAUUCUCUACCGCAGCCAAAACAGAAAGGAGGUUUGGGUUUCCGGGAUAUCCGAGAGUUUAACAUCGCAAUGCUGGCAAAGCUUGCGUGGAUAAUCAUCAAGAGACCAGAUAGUCUCAUGAGCCGUAUCCUUCUGGGUAAAUAUUGCCACAGUUCAUCUCUCCUUGAGGUUUCGUGCUCGGCUUCUGCAUCGCAUGGUUGGCGAGGUAUUAUGAUGGGGUGUGAGCUGAUUGAGAGACACCUUGGGAAGGCUAUUGGCAACGGGGAAUCAACUAGUGCCUGGACAGAGUCUUGGCUCUCUACUUCAGAACAUCUACGACCCUAUGGACCUUCUCUGGAAGAAGAUAGCGCACUCGUAGUGGCGGACCUCCUGAACAGAGAAGAUGCAUCGUGGAAUAAGGAAAAAGUGGAUCUGCUCUUUCCAGAGAUCACCCACAUUAUCUACCAGAUCAAACCAAGUAGACAACAAGCGGAAGACUCCUUCUUAUGUUGUGGAGCACUUCCUCUAGGAGUAAACCUCCAAAACAGAGGUAUCGCAUGCGGAGGACAAUGCCCGCACUGUAACGCACCGGAGACUGCUUUGCACCUAUUCUUCUCAUGUCCUUUCGCCCAACAAGUAUGGGGUUUGGCUCCUCUCCAUGUAGCGCCAGACUGGAGUAGCCUCACCACACCUGUCCAAGCUCUUAUCAGCCCUCCUCACCUGACCUGUCUACCACCUACAGGUAUUACCUCCCAUGUCCUCCCGUGGAUCCUAUGGAAUCUGUGGUAUGCUAGGAACCUACUGGAAAUAGCUCAGGCCACUGUAGGGAACAAACCUAUCGCUAUGCAGCCUAUAAUGUACCCAACCGUACCGGAAGAGUGUGCCAUUAUUAACUGUGAUGCGUCUUGGAGGAUUGAAACCUUAACUGCAGGUCUUGGAUGGAUAGUUGAAGACAAGCAGAGUGAUCUCUGCAUUGAAGGACAAGCCCGGUCUGAGUUUGUAGCCUCACCUCUUAUGGCAGAGGCCUUGGCGUUGAGAGAAGCCCUGAUCACCGUGCGACAGCAUGGGUCACCGAACGUCUGGAUUCGAUCCGACAACCUCGAGCUCAUUAGAGCGAUCAACUCGAAAGUAUUUCCUAUGGAGCUCUAUGGAGUUCUCAAAGAUAUUGAGUCUCUAUCCUCGUCUUUAGAUUUCAUCAUUUUUUCACAUGUUUUGCGUUCUUGUAAUGUUCGAGCAGACUCUUUGGCUAAAGAUGCCCAUCUUCAAACCAACAUAGCUUUGUACUAA